CCCAGCAGUUCCACACCUCUGCUUUGUCCUGGCGGUUUUAGUCUAUGCACAGGACCACGGCAGGCACAAAUCUUCCGCCGGAGAUUCUCGACCUUAUCCUGAAAUCUGUGUCGCAUACCUGCGACCCUACUAUCAAGAUCGAUAGACGCGGCCUUGAAGCUUGCAGCGCGACAUGUCGCUACUGGGCCAAGGUUAUCCGUCCUGUUCUGUUCUGGAGCGUUACUAUACGAUCUUACGUAGAAAUGGAAGGGCUUCUCGCCCUAUCGAACGCCACAAGUGUACGACCACUAAUCGCUGAUUGCGUGCGGAACGUGAUCGUCGAAUACCGUGGGUCCCAAUGUUAUCCAUGGUUACGCCGCAUCCGCCAGCUGUGGAUGCAGCUCCGAAGCGCAACGGUGGAGCUUAGAUUAGAAGAGUCAUGGAACACCAUGUCAUCUUCUGAGGACAUGUCAGCGCGCGAAGCUAAACCCGGGAGUUCGAGGCUUGCCCUCGCUCUCCCUGGCCAAUUGUUGCCAAUUACCCUGCCGGGUUCGUUGUUUCCCUUCGAGCGCGUCAUCCUACACGGCCUUAAGUUGCGAAGAGUGUUGGAUCUUGUCCGCUUCAUCCGCGGCUUCCCCAUGGUUUCGGAGUGCAGUUUCCAGAAUGUUACAUUCGCUGAAGGCUGGACGUUGGGCCCUGCGAGACAGGCGUCCCGCAGGCGGGGACCACGGACUGUUACAGUCUCUUCAUGCGCAGGAGGCACAUUGCGGGAGCAACUCCAGCUUGUAUCAAUCACGCUCGCUGCUCGGGAACGCUUACGUGUGGAUGCUGCCACAUGGUCAACCCUCAAGCAACUGGUACUGUCCUUACUGCCGCAAUUAUACUCUUCAUUCAAGUUGGCUAUGGACAUCAACGAAGCAGGUACGCUCAGCCUGAGAAUUUCGAUUCUGCUCAAUUGA